UGUUGCACUCGAACCGACGUCACUGCGCACGCGCACCUCUCAUUUAUUGAUGAAAAAGGUCACGAACUCUGACCCUCCUAUCAACUGCAGCAAACACUUAAAAUAUUAAAUUAUUGAGGGAAUAACAUUAUCAGACACAGCGGCUCCUGGAGAGGUGUGUGUGCCUGAUGGGGUGCUGAUGUGAAGCACAGUGGAGGUGAAAUCAGUAACAGAAUGGAUGGACAGACUCAAAGGAUUCAGCUUGUAUCGGCGGACAACAGCAUGGCUUUAGGACACAGAAUCCAGAUUGUAACUGAUCAGCAAACGGGGCAGAAGAUUCAGAUCGUCACAGCGCUGGAGCCGUCCUCCCCCGGGAAGCAGCAGUUCAUCCUGGCCAAUGCCGACUACUCCCCUGGUGGGAAGGUGAUUCUGGCCAAGCAGGAAGGCUCCCCGAACAAGGUCAUCCUCGCCGCUCCAGACGGCGCCGGGGUCAACCAGCUGCUGUUUGCCUCCCCGGAACUGGCCGGGCAGCAGAUUCAGUUUGUGACGGAGAGCUCAGACCAGUCUAUCAUCAAGCCCGUGGUGGAGUACUGCGUCGUCUGCGGCGACAAAGCCUCGGGCCGUCAUUACGGCGCCGUGAGCUGCGAGGGCUGCAAAGGCUUCUUCAAACGCAGCAUCAGGAAGAAUCUGGUGUACACGUGCAGGGGCUCCGGAGAAUGUGCCAUCAACAAACUGCACCGAAACCGCUGCCAGUACUGCCGGCUGCAGCGCUGCAUCGCACUGGGCAUGAAGCAGGAUUCUGUACAGUGUGAACGGAAACCUGUCGAGGUGAACGCCAGAGAGAAGUCUGUCAACUGUGCAGCCUCCACUGAAAAGAUCUACAUCCGGAAGAACCUGUGCAGCCCUCUGGCCGCGACUCCAACCUUCGUGUCCGACAAGGAAACCGCACGGUCUACAAGUUUGCUGGAGUCCAGCAUGUUGCUCAACAUCCAACAACCUUUCUCCAAGCUGGAAAACACCAUUUUGAUCCCAGCAUCACCUGACAAGGACGACCCGUCUCAAGGUGACCUCGGCACGCUGGCCAACGUCGUGACCUCCCUCGCCCACCUCAACAAAACCAGGGAGCUGAGCGACAGCAGCAACGACCUGAUGGGAGCGGAAACGAUGAGUAACGGCGACAACUCCAUGACGGACAUCCAGGGAGACGAGCAAACCGCGACCGACAUCACGAGAGCUUUCGACUCCCUGGCGAAAGUCCUCCACCCGGGCGAUGGCUCCGCGGCGGAUUCCCUGGAGGCCACGAUGCAGCUGAUGUCCGGGGACCAGUCCGGCCCGGUGGUGGAGCUGGAGGGCUCUCUGCUCUCUGACAGCCAUAUCCCUUUCAAGCUCAUGAUGCCUUUGCCCGUGCCGGAGUACCUCAACGUCAACUACAUCUGUGAGUCGGCGUCGCGGCUGCUCUUCCUCUCUAUGCACUGGGCCCGCUCCAUCCCGGCCUUUCAGACUCUGGGCGGUCAGGACAACGACAUUAACUUGAUGAAAGCCUGCUGGAAUGAACUUUUCGCCCUGGGUCUGGCGCAGUGCUCCAACAUCAUGAAUGUUGGGACCAUCCUAAGUGCCAUUAUCGGCCAUCUGCAGACCAACCUGCAGGAAGACAAGCUGUCCCCAGACAGAGUUAAGGUGGUAAUGGAGCACAUCUGGAGGAUGCAGGAGUUCUGUAACAGCAUGUCCAAGCUGUCCCCAGACUCGUAUGAAUACGCCUACCUCAAAGCUAUCGUUCUUUUUAGCCCCGAUCAUCCCGGCAUCGACAACACCCCGCAGAUCGAGAGGUUCCAGGAGAAAGCCUACAUGGAGCUGCAGGACUACGUAACCAGCACCUACCCAGAAGACUGCUAUCGGUUAUCCAAGCUGCUGCUGCGUCUCCCCGCCCUCAGGCUGAUCAGCCCAGCUGUCACAGAGGAGCUGUUCUUCGCCGGGCUCAUCGGCAACGUGCAGAUCGACAGCAUCAUCCCGUACAUCCUGAAGAUGGAGUCCACCGAUUACAACAGCCAGACGGUCCCCGGCGUCUGACGCCCCAGUGCCAUUAGCCUCAGCAACACCGGACUGUGGAAACCCGACAGCCAGAGCGGCCGCCCAACGGCCGUGACAACCUUUUAUUUAUGACGCAGCCUCCUGUGUGAGGGAUUUCGAUGCUUACCUCGCUCCUAAAGGGGGCUUCUGGGUAAGCAGUGGGCAGAGCGCAGUCCUCAAAGAGGACGGAUCAAGUCAAGCAAAGGGCCUGUCCAGGACCGGCCCGAUCAGACUCGCCCUUCGAACCCGCAGCCUGGACUGAGCUUUGUAAUGUACAUAUUAUUUUAUGCUUCACCGCCUCCCAGCCUCUAAUCCGCCUCCUGCAGCUUUUAUUUGUACUUCAGGAAAUUAGAAUGGUUUGUUUGUCACUGCUUUUCCCACAUGAUGAUUGUUUUUUACUCCUCCAAGGUUGGACAUAUGAAUUUGAAGUAAUUGUGUAUAAAUUUGUAUAUAGACUGCACCAAGACGGCUACAAAGGCAUCGCUUGGUAAUUCGUUGAAUUCAUCAUUGUUGGCAAAUUGUUGCCCAUGAAAACGGUGAUCGUGUCAGGCCAUUUAAAAUAAAAAAACAUCUUGAA